AUGAACUCAAAAUCGCAUAAAUUAAAGCUUGGCGACAUGGAACCUUUUAUGACCAACAUCUCCAUAGUUGCACUGAUUAUUUCCAAAUCGACGCCCAACGUCUUUUUAGACAAAUUGAAUGGCGAACAACGCGGAGUGAUCAAUCUAACACUUCGCGACACUCAAAAACAUAUUACCAACUGCAACUGCUGGGGCCAAAAACAAUGCAUUGAAGAGUACAAUUCCAUGCUAAAUAUAGGUGAUAUUGUAGAUGUUGUGGGUGCCAAAGUAACAUCAAAUAAUUCCCAAUUGAUUGGGGCGCCGGGAGAGCAACCGCAUCGAUAUCAGCCAAUGGCCACGAUAUGCUGUUCCUUGAGCGUCAACGAAGGACACGGCUAUAUAGUACAUCAUAAUCCGGAGGAUGUGACCACCAUACAGAGACUACACAAUCUUAUACAUGUCCCACACAAACCAAUUCGGUCGGCACUUAAAUUGGCUGACGUUCGUGGAGCUGGCGAUCAACUGAGGACCUAUGUAGAUCUCUUGGUGGUGGUAGCCUCGGUGCGUCCAGUGCGAGAAUUCAAGCGAAAAGUGGUUCAUCGCAAUGGCAGUCUUAAGUUGCAGUGCCUUGAAAUGGUUGUGAUCGAUACCAGCUGUCCGGAUGGUAUGAUAUUUACCAUUUGGCAACCUGAAUGGAUACGUCGAUCCCAGUAUUGGCAGCCACGUAAAACCAUUUUGUAUCUCAUCGAUGUGCGUACAUCCUAUUCUGAAUUCUAUGGCAGCACAGUCCUCACACAUUCCAGUUGUUCGUUGAUAUACGAGAAUCCUCAGUCACCUGGUGACGAUUUACAAAAUCUCUUAAAGUUUGCGGCAAACAUACCACUGAAAAGUUUUGAUUUCUUAGCCCAAACCGAUUUGACUAGCCUUCCGUUAGCGUCGGAAAUACGUAACCAGAUGACAGUCAAGCAGAUAUAUGCCCGAGCCGAGGGAGAUCUUCGUGAUGCGGCAACUGAACAAUUCACAACUGUUCUCUAUGCCAUGGUCACCAAAUUCGAUAUAGAUGGUCUGGCCAUGAUCAUUAACAGGAAGUGCAAGGCCUGUCAUCGUCUUAUAUCCGGGAAUCGCAAUGAUUGCGAAAACGAAUCGUGCCAACUGGAGUUCUCUCUGUGUUAUAGCGGGGUGAGGUAUGCUCACUUUUUCAAUAUCAAUCUUCAUCUAUCGGAUCAUACGGGCACCUUAAUUGAGGCACGUUUAGCUGGUGGUGUUGCCGAGCAUGUGCUUGGUCUUAAUGCAGAAACAUUUCAAGUGCUUCUCGAUCGAGAGAAAAGUAAAUUGAAAUGGCAAUAUCUACUUAAAUAUUUUGAAGUAAAAUUGCUUAUCAGAAAGCAAGCAGCAAUGCGUAGAAAUUUGUCGGCAAUUAUUAUAGAUAUGAAACCCAUACAAUUAAAUCAAAUAAUUGAAAAAUUUAAUGCCUUCUAA